AGUCGAUUUGUCAGGUACUCCAAUAUCUAUGAAUAUAGCGAGGACAUACUUGGUCAGAUACGUUCAUCAAGACUGGCCAUUCCGAACUUGUUUUAUUUUUCGGAACCCACAGCCGAAAAAUAUCAAAAUCAAAGAAAUGUUUCGACCACUCGCGGACAGCGUUUGGCUUCUGAUGCUCAUUCUAAUGAGCUUAUCAGUCGUAACGCUAGCCUUUAUGGCGCGCUACGAAUGGCUCGAUUUCGAACUGAUGAGAUGGUCCAGUUGUUUCCUACUGGUCGUCGGGACGUUGUGUCAACAGGGCACUACGGCACGGAUAAACAACAUAUCGACCCGUAUCGCCUUCUUUUCCAUAUUAACAUUUGCUUUUCUUAUCUACACGUAUUAUUCAGCCGGCGUGGUGUCGGCACGACUAAACGAGCCAAUCCAAAAAAUCAACGACUCAUUGAGCGAGCUUGCCAAGCUGCCGUUGAGAUUUUCAUCCGAGUACAUGGUUUAUUUUGAUUUUUUCAUGAAGAGACCCGAGUGGGAGACCGCUACGUUCUACGCGAAAACAUGGCUUCCGUUGCCGGAAGAACAACGUUUCAUGGAUCCAGAGUCGGCAAUGCGAUUCGUUAAAGAAGGUGGAUUCGCCUACCACACGCACCCGGACGUCGCCUAUCCCAUUGUCGAUCGAUUUUACAGCAAUCGCGAGAUAUGCGAAUUGACGGAGGUUCACUUGGCAAGACCCACGCGGUCGACUUUUGCCGUAGCUCUCAAUAGUACCAUCGUGGAAAUCGUCAGAGUUGGAUUAACCAAAAUAUCGGAGGUGGGCUUGCGAGCGCGGCAAAUAUCCAGGUGGCAGUACAGAAAGCCACGCUGUCGAAAAGACGUAUUGAGCGCCUCGAGCGUGACCGUGUACGAAUUCUCGCCGCAUCUUCUACUCCUGCUGAUUGGUUAUUUGAUUGCUCUGGCGACGUGUAUCAUGGAAAUCUACAUUGCUAAUCGUAAUGCUAGAGAUGUACAGUCUACUAACGGCACGACGUCAAAUUUGCGCUUCGACGUGUAACUAAUUGAUCCGCUAGAUUUUUCU